CUGACCAGCAUGCGUUCAUUAGGCGUUCUAGGUGUAGCGCUACAUGCCUCUCUGCUCAUACUGCUGACUCAAGGAAUUCACAAAUCUAGAGAUGGAGUUUAUCACGGAAAAUCACGACGCUUUGCUACAGACCACCGUCCACCUGGAUUCCAUCUCCUGGCACCGAAGUAUAUGAUGCACCUUUACCGGAAUUACAAGUCAAAUCUCACUCGGCCUAUAGACGUAAUGGAGAAGGCCGUCGCAAAACAAGCAGACACAGUCAAGAGUGUGAUGGCAAAAAGUUUAUUUCACAGACCCCGACGCUGGACUGCAACCUUUGACCUGACCACCUUAUUGGCCGACGAACGGAUCCAAGCAGCGGAGCUCAGGUUCAGGUUUCCCCGGGCGAAGAGGGCUUCCAACAUUACCGUGGAGAUCUACCAUCACCACGACUACCCGUGCAGGCAGACACAGGGGAUCUGCCAGGAACACCAGCUGGUGGGAUAUUUCUCUGUGAUUAACUCCUCUCAGCACUGGAAGGUAUACAACCUUACUGGUCCGCUGUUGAACUGGCUCGGCCAGGAACACAUUUCCAGGAGCUCAAUGAAGAGGAGAUCACCAAACAAGACAAAGAGAGAUGUGUACUUCCCCAACCCUUUGGCUGUGUCUAGAACACGGCAGAGUCAGUGUGUGAGUGACAGAGCCUUACUGGUUGUAUUCUCUCAUACAGGGUCAGAGGAGGGCUCCCAGGCCAAAGCCAGUCUCCUCCACACGGCCGAACAGUCCAAGUUCCUGUCCACCACCGAGUCCAAGAAGUUCCGCAGGCCGAAGAGACACAGGAAAAAAAGGGGCCACUCAGGCCAGAGGGAACCACCAGACAUGAGGGGUCCAGAGGUGUCUAGCGGAAACAUUGAGAUUGACCCGUCUCUCUGUCGAAGAGUUGAAAUGCAUGUAGACUUCAAUCAGAUAGGCUGGGGGUCCUGGAUCGUCUUCCCAAAGAAGUAUAAUGCCUAUCGAUGUGAGGGGAUCUGUCCAAGUCCUUUGGGAGAAGACUUGAACCCAACAAAUCAUGCUUACAUGCAGAGUCUCCUAAAACACUACCACCCUGAGCGGGUUCCCUCGGCGUGCUGCGCCCCCACCAAGAUGAGUCCUCUAAGCAUGCUGUAUUAUGAGAAUGGAGAAAUGCUGCUUCGCCAUCACGAGGAUAUGGUUGUGGAUGAAUGUGGCUGCCUGUAGCCUCUGUCACAGGCUUGAACCCGACCUUCAGUAAAGAAAUGACCGGAGCAAAGCCUGGGGCUGUCUUCUCACAACCCCUUGAGAUGGAGCCGAGGCUACCACUCGUCUCCUUCGGACGCACGGAAACAGAGAGUUCCGGAAACAUUCGAGUGGAAUUUCACUGACAGAACUAUUAUCCAAGAGUCUGUAUCAGAUGGUCGAAAACAAUAAGAAAACACUUGGUGUUAGUUCUUUUGAUUAUUGUGACUGUGUGUAACGGAUGUGAAACGGCUAGCUUAGUUAGCGGUGCGCGCUAAAUAGCGUUUCAAUCGGUGACGUCACUUGCUCUGAGACCUUGAAGUAGUAGUUCCCCUUGCUCUGCAAGGGCUGCGGCUUUUGUGGAGCGAUGGGUAACGAUGCUUUGUGGGUGUCAGUUGUUGAUGUGUGCAGAGGGUCCCUGGUUCGCGCCCGGGUAUGGGCGAGGGGACGGUCUAAAGUUAUACUGUUACAUGUGCACUCAAGCAGUAUGGUAGAUGUCCUGUAUGUUUAGAAAGCCUGGAUAUAUACAGUAUGGAUUUUCUCUCAGAACGUGACUAAUUUUAUCUUACUGCUUUUAGGAAUCAGUAAGAGGACAUGCCAUUUCAUUAUAAGUCAUAGGAAAUGGUGUUGUUCAACAUUUAAGCACUGUUUAUACUAUAGUAUACACCUACUGGGUGUAACGGAACAUUGACAUUAUAUUUAUUGUAAAUAAUAAUAAAAUAAAGCUUGGGUAUUUAUGUUAAUUUAUUGCUCUCUCUGUUUUAGGAGGAUUUUGUCAUAAAUAUGUUUCAUAUUGUAAAAAUAUUUUGUCAGCUGAUUAAUGUGUAUGUAUUUUGUAGUAUUUGUCAUGUUAUUCAUUCAUUAGUAACAUAACAUAUGCUUAUG